AUGGUCGGUCUCGGUUCCAUGGCCGAUGUGCCCAAGGAUCUCCUUGCUCAGAUCAAGCACCUCGAAGAGAUCUUCACUGUCCCUAAGGAGAGACUUGACAAGAUUGUCACCAAGUUCGUCAAGGAGCUCGAAAAGGGUCUUGCCAAGGAGGGCUCCACAAUCCCCAUGAACCCUACCUGGUGUAUGGGUUUCCCUACUGGUCAUGAGACCGGUACUUUCCUUGCCCUCGACAUGGGCGGCACCAACCUCCGUGUCUGUGAGAUUCACUUGCCUGAAGAGAAGGGAGAGUUCGACAUCAUCCAGUCCAAGUACCGCAUGCCUGAAGAGCUCAAGACCGGUACUGCUGACGAGCUGUGGGGCUACAUCGCCGACUGUUUGCAACAGUUCAUCGAAUACCAUCACGAGGGCGAGAAGCUGGAUAAGCUUCCUCUUGGUUUCACCUUCUCAUACCCUGCCACCCAGCACUACAUCGACCACGGUAUCUUGCAGAGAUGGACCAAGGGCUUCGACAUUGACGGUGUCGAGGGCGAGGACGUUGUUCCUCCCUUCGAGAAGGCUUUGGCCGAGCGUGGUGUUCCCAUCAAGCUGACUGCCUUGAUCAACGACACUACUGGUACUCUGAUCGCCUCUGCCUACACCGAUGACCAGAUGAAGAUCGGAUGUAUUUUCGGUACUGGAUGUAACGCUGCUUACAUGGAGAACUGUGGUUCCAUCCCCAAGCUGGCCCACAUGAACCUCGACCCCGAGCUUCCCAUUGCCAUCAACUGCGAGUACGGCGCUUUCGACAACGAGCACGAGGUUCUUCCUCUCACCAAGUACGACGAGACAAUUGACAAGGAGUCACCUCGUCCAGGCCAACAAGCCUUUGAGAAGAUGAUUGCUGGUCUGUACCUUGGCGAAAUCUUCCGUCUCGUUCUGCUCGAUAUGCACGAGGGCAAGCACAUGUUCGAGGGCCAGAGCAUCGACAAGCUCAAGAAGCCUUACAGCAUUGACGCCUCUAACUUGUCCGAGACUGCCGAGUUGAUGCGCACUCAAUUCAACCUUCAAUGCAACAAGCCCGAACUCGAACUCAUCCGCCGUCUGGCCGAGCUUAUCGGUACUCGCGCCGCACGUCUUUCGGCCUGUGGUGUCGCCGCUAUUUGCAAGAAGAAGGGCUACAAGACUGCUCACGUUGGUGCCGACGGUUCGGUGUUUAACAAGUACCCCCACUUCAAGGCCCGCGGUGCUCAGGCCCUUCGCGAGAUGCUGGACUGGCCCGAGAAGAAGAGCAAGCGUGACGCCGACCCUGUUGAGAUCAUGACUGCCGAGGAUGGUAGUGGUGUCGGUGCCGCUUUGAUUGCUGCUCUCACACUCAAGAGAGUCAAGGAGGGCCAGCUUGCUGGUAUCAAGGAUGCUCAGUCCAUGCUCAACUUCUAA